UGAUUGUUUAGACUAUCUAGGCAACCGGGCAUCGGGAACACUGUCCAGUGAUCAUUCGCAAAAAUGCCUCCAAAGAAGAAGGGUAAAGGUGGCAAGAAAGGCAAGAAGGGUAAGAAAGGGAAGGGGGACAAGGGAGAUGCCGACGAGGCGGCGGGGACCGCUGCACCUUCCGCCGAGCCUCCAGAAGGAGAGGACAGGGAAGAGCUGUUGGCCAAACAACUGGAGAGUGUGAAUGAGGAGUUAGCGGAGAAGAAGAAGAGAGUUGAGGAGCUGCGGAAGGAGAAUGAGUGGCUGCAGCAGGAGGCCCACCAGACACGGGUGGAGAGUCACGAGUACAUGUCUUACAUGGCCAAGAAAACUCACAAGAGACAGUCCACUAUUGUCUCCCUCAGUGACCAGAACCAAAAGGAAAUUGAAAAGCUGCAACAGGAGAAGGCAGAGGUGUUGGCUGAGUAUGACCAGAAGAAGGCAGGACUGAGGCAGCUCCUGUUGGAGAGGGAGAACGAGCUGGCUAAAACAAAGAAGGAGUUACAAGAGUUGGACGAGUUCAAAAAGCUGCAGGCAGACCAGAUAUCACGUAUCAAGGAGCUGGAGCGAGAGGUGCUGAAGAUGCGCGGUGUGCACUCGGACACCCUGCAGCAGCUCAAGGCACAGUUCCUGAAGGAGAAGAGCGACUACCAACACGAGUCUGACCAACGUAUUACCUCCAUGGGCAAACUGGCUAACAAGGAGGCAGCUCGAUGUCUGGAUGAGCACACACAGAUGAUCAAACUGGAGAACCGUCAGCUGAGACAUGAGCUGCUGAACCUGAUCAAGGAGACGCGAGCGCUGCACGAGCACAAACUGCGGCUGGAGGAGCAGAGGAAAGAGCUGCUGAGAGAACAGCAGUAUGCCAAGGACCUGGCUGUCCUGAGAAGCUCCAGACAACACAAGGUGCUCAAGUCAUUUGGGCUCCUAGAGGACCAGCUUGGGGAGGAUGAACCUGAAUAAUGCUUCUCAUCAAGUUACUGUUGGAUGGUUUUACUUACCAGUGAAACAUUGCUUCACAGUUCACGAUAGUCUGCGAUCUGCAGGAUUAUUCACAUCAUUGUAUAUAUUACAGUGUUUCCAAGAAAUUUUAGGGUUUAUGUACAGAAAAUAUGUCUGUAUUACUUAUCUAUAAUGUUGGCAUAGUUAAUCUAAUAGACCAGUGAAACAUUGCUGCAAAGUUCACCAUCGUCUGUGAUCCGCAGGAUUAUUCACAAAGUUGUAUAUUCAGUGUUGUUUCUCAGAUAUUCUAGGGUUUACAUACAGAAAAUGUCUGUAUUUAUCAUGUUGGCAUGGUUAUGUAUAUAGCCACAUUGCAAAGAAAGAAAACUACAUGGAAAUAUAUGUAUCGUGUGAUGAUCUCUGGCUCUAUAAUCUAAUUGACACAAUUACAUUGUGAAUGUUUCAUAAUUUAAGAUAGUGCUAUGCAUAAUUAAUUGUUUAGGGAGUGAAAUAAGGCUAAGAAACAAUGUAAGGUGUACAUGUUGUUUUAUUAGUUCAUAACAAGUUUUAAAAACCAUAAUACUAAAUAAAAACUAUUCAAACAACAGG